CUGGAUGAAAAUAAAAAUGAUUUAUUUUUGGUAUCUCAAAUGAUAUAAGAUCUUAUUUACCUGAUAAUGAUUAUGCUAGAUUAAGCUAAGUACAAAGCAUCCUCCAAGAGCUAGCUCAUAGAUAAACAUGGCAGAAGCACUCCUCAAUUCUGAAGUAAAGAGGUGUGCAGUAGUUACAGGUGCCAACAAGGGGAUUGGUUUGGAGAUUUGUAGGCAAUUAGUUUUUAAUGGAAUCUUUGUUGUAUUGACAUCUAGAGAUAGAAACAAGGGUCUUGAAGCUGUUGAAAAUCUGAAAAAAUCUGGACUCCCAAAUGUGAUUUUUCAUCAAUUAGAUGUUAUGAAUCUAACUUCUGUCUCAUCCUUGGCUGAAUUCAUCAAAACCCAUUUCGGAAAGCUUGAUAUCUUGGUGAAUAACGCAGGCAUUGGUGGGGUGACAAUAGUAGAUGAGGAUCAACUAAGGGUUCUGAUGCUUGAGGAUGAAAAGUAUUUAGAGAACCCAAAGUUGAAACAGAUAUGGACGGAACCAUACGACGAGGCAGAAAAAUGUCUUAAAACAAAUUACUAUGGCGUUAGGGCGGUGACUGAAGCCCUUGCUCCUUCACUUGAGCUAUCUGAUUCAAGAAUAAUUGUCAAUGUUUCUUCUGACAUGGGGAUGCUGAAGAACAUUUGCAAUGAAAAAGCUUUUGAGGUGCUUAGCGAUGUUGAUUGUUUAACGGAAGAAAGAAUAGAUGAGGUGGUGAAAACAUUUUUGAAUGAUCUUAAAGAGGGUUUCUUAGAAGCAAAAGGUUGGCCAACAUUACUUUCUGCAUAUACAAUCUCAAAAGCCUCAGUUAAUGCGUACACUAGGAUUUUGGCAAAAAAAUUUCCUACUUUUCGCAUAAACUGUGUUUGUCCUGGUUUUGUCAAAACCGACAUAAACUUUAAUAGUGGGAUCUUGACUGUUGAAGAAGGUGCUAAAAGUCCUGUAAGAUUAGCGCUUUUACCAGAUAACGUAACUUCUGGGCUCUUCUUUGUUCGUGAAGAAGUAUCUUCAUUUUGAAUUUGUAAUUUACAACAGCUUUACUAGUUUAACAUUUGCUAGUGCCAUAGGCUACAAGCGUUAUUGUGUUUGAAUGAUAUAAAUUCCCUGUCUAAGCAUUGUUCUGA